AGGCCAGAGUCGAGGUGUCACACAAAGAGACUACUUUCAUAAGCCUAUUGGGAGGGGGGGGGUCUAAGAGGCUUCCAGAAAAAACAAAUUAAGUUCGAACGACAAUCCAACAUACGACAUAGGGAAGAGAUUGAAAAGUUGAAAGAAUCGUUCAUGUCCAAGCUUGAAGAAUUAUCAACCAAGAUGGCACAUAUGCAAGCUAACUUUGGUAGUCAUUCUAGCUUUGGUAGCCAUUCUAGAGUCAAUACAAUAGAAGUUGAGGCACCAAUUGACACUGCUCCAGAAGUUGAGGCACCGAUGGACACUACUCCAGAUGUUGAGGCACCAAUUGACACUACUCCAGAAGUUGAGGUACUGAUGGACACUACUCCAGGAGUUGAGGCACCUGUUGACACUAGUACUUUGUAUGAGACACCUACACCUUCACCUUCUAUUCAUCCUGAGCCACUGAAGAAAGAUGUUAAGUGCAAAUUAUACAUUGGGCAAGGUGGUGAUGUUGUGGCUCUUGGACGGGUGGUGGCUACCAAAGGCAAUGUACAUGGGAAAAGUUUAGCACCUGGUAACUAUCACGUGGUUGUUGAUAGAUGUCUAGAUGGGAGUGCAAAACUACCUGUCUCAGUUGGGGAUUAG